AUGGCCCUCCGUCGCCAAAGUCUGUCGCCCACGGCAAACCUGCUGCGGAACUCGCGCCUGUUCUCGCUGCCAAACCCCCUCCCGCGACCCCUCGUCGGCGAAACAUACGGCUCUGGCAUGACAAAGGCCUCCGACACGGCAACACUCCCCUACCCCACACACCAGGCCAUCGCCACAACAAAGAGCUCUCUGGCACGUGGCGAUUGGGGUCUGAAGAGGCCGUUGCCCGCCCGGUCACGCAUCCUGCAGACCAGCGAUCCCGUGCUGAGGAUCACACAACUCGACACAAUCGAACAUGUCACCGACUUUGAAUCCGCCGCAGAUCACGUGCGGACACGGCAAAAAUGGGAAGAGAUGGGUGUGCCCAUGAUGAAGGGCAUGUCGCAGAUGCGGGACUACGACCUGUCGGGCGCGCCUCCAUCUGGCGCCUUUGAGAUCCGUGACGACACCACCUCGUACGACAACGAUCUGGGCUUGGACGAGGCGGGACUGUAUCUAAAGGCCCUCGAGAAGAGCAGCGGACAGAAUUAUGCCCAAAGCAAGAAAGCAAGAGUGGCGGCCAAGACAGACAGGACAGCCCAGCCCGCGGCCUUUACUCCAUUCACCCCACCAUCCGUCGACGCCGCUGUGCACAACACACGGCGCUGGAAGCACGACGGACCCUGGCUUCCUGGCAUCAGCGCAGCUGAGUUCACUCAGUAUCUGAACACGGAAAUUUCAAAGCGCCGUCGCGUAUUCAACAUCCACCUGAAUGAAUUCGUCAAGAACGAAAUAUACGCCACCCGCCGCCUCGCCGCCUCGAAAUCCGGCUCCACAGCACCCAUGGACCUUGCCGAAGCCGAAAAAUGGCACGCCGAGCAGGAAAAACAAUGGUCCAACAUCUCCAGCGAGGAUAUCAGCGCCGGCUUCAAAGCCCUGCGCAAGGAAACAGCCACCAACCCCCUCGGCUCUAAACUGGUCAGAAAGUUGAUUCUGCCAUUCCUGCGACUACCAACAAUCAGAUUCAAGUACAAGGCUUACGCAGAAGACGCUUCAAACCGUGACAUUGAGCAAUACCAAUUUGAUCAAGAAACCGCGCCUCUAUCCACCCACCCAUCUGCAGGUCUCGGCUAUCUGCGCACAAGAUCCUACAUUGCGAACCACCCCAUCCUCGGACCACAGUCUUCCCCCUCCCCAGUAGCCUCCCGUGUCGUCCAACCACGGACAACAGGUGGCGGGAAAGAAGUCUACGCCCGUCUUGGUGUUGGUGGUUUCGUAGCAAACGACCAAUUCCGCAGCACAGACACAUCAAGCGCCUCCCGCGCCAACAUCAGCAACUCGCGAGACGUCGAGACCAUCGACCUCGAGACCCCAGGAGGAAAGAAGGUCCUCGUACAAGCAAUGUUCGGCUCCGUCUCGAACGACGGACGCAUUCACAUCAAGCUCAAACGCUCGACCGGGCCAGAAAUCCAAGUCGCGAGGGGUGAGUUGGACGACAAACCGCCUGUGCGAGAAAACUUCGACAGCGAUCCGCUGAAGGGCUUGGGCGGCAUGGGCCGGAGCGGGGUCGAGGAACUGGACGCCUUGAGCCGCGCGGGGAGGAACGGCGCGACGGAGUUGGGGGAGCAGAGCGCGAGGGCGCAGCAACUCACUAGCUUUCUGGACGCGAUGAAGACGCCAGAUAAGAAUUCGUCGCCAGAGGUCUAUCCGGGCGAGGCGCUGCGUCCCGGGGAAGCGACGAGGCAGUAG